CUGUAGCCGCAGGUAAAACACGGCACGAAUCUAAUCGAGCAGAGCGUCAGUAUGAGUCCGACCUGAAACGGGCAGAUCGAUACGUGUUGUGUGUGUGUGUGUGUGUUUGCGCACUCGAUGAAUCGAUUCAGAUAUCGAUGAAGUGGAUUUGAUAUCUCUGUAAAGGACCCGUGUUCAGGCGCGCGACACUUCCGCGAUCCUCUCGCGCUCUAAACAACAGAGAUUCAUCUGAUCCUAUGCGGUGGUGAAUGUGUUGAGUUAUGCCUGGCCACAGCACAGGAACUCAUCCCAAGAGUCAUCCUCACGGCUCGGGCCGCUCUCGAUCCGAUGGCUGCAGGCAGGGCCGCGUGUACUUCGGCAGCACGAGUCAGGAGACACACCGAGAGGCGUACAGCGAGCAGCCGCGCAGCACAGAUGGGCAGUUUCCCCGCAAGAGUCAUCCUCACUACGGUAACGGACGAGGAUCGGAAACGCUGGGCUUCAUCCCGGGCUCGGCGGACUCUCCUCCGGUCAAUACUCAGGCCUGCGGCUCGUGCACGUCGCUCGGCUGGAGCGGCUGUAAAUCUCUACUGUGUUGCGUCCUCACCUGCGGCCUCUAUGGCUCUCGCAAACCCUGCCUGCCGGCCAACGAGAGCUCCACGGAUAACCCUUCCAAAGCUGAGGUGGAGCUGAGGAAGCCCAACGGCUUGGCGCUGUCCAACCCAACGUGCGGCCUGAGUCCGGAAGAUGGCAAAACCAGGCAGUUGCCCAGCUCCGGCAGCUUCAGGUACUGCGACGUCCACAUCGCCGGCAAGAGGGUGGUGGAAUACCCCGGGACCUCUGACGCGGCCCCGCGCCGGACCAGGACGACGGCGGCGACGACGAAGGGAGACGGCCAGCGGCCCAUUAGCCACAGCAGCAUCAUCUCCCGGGAAGAUUUGGAUCUGGAUGACCUGGAUGACGGCGGGACGGACAUCGACUCGCUCAUCACCAAAAAGCUCCUGGAACUUUAUAAACUGCACCAGAUCGAGCAGCUGGCCAAAUGCACGUCCGACUUGUCAUUCUCGCGGAAGACCAACGAGAUCAGCGACCUGAUCAACAGCAUCGCACACGACUACAACCUGGAGGAGCAGGAGGCCGAGUGUCGCCUGGUGCACGGCGUCAUCCGCAUCAGCACCCGAAAUAAAACCUUCAAAGGUUACAAAAGCAAAGACUAUAAAACGCAAGAGGUGAACGGGCGGAGGGACGGAACGCUGCCUGACAGCGGGAACGAGACCAUGACCUUCAGCUUUCGUGAUGAACCUGAGGUACUGAUGUCCGAUCCGACAGACUCAGACGUGCGAGCCCGGGACAUGAGAGGGAAACAUUACUACUCCAGCUCGGCUACAGAUUCAUCAGGUGCUCCGCUGUUACGCUAGCUGCCGUCCCUUCGGUUUGUGCUGCCCACCGAGUGUCGGAUGUCUGAAGGAUUCACUUACGUGUUCUCACGUCGACUUCAGUGCCGUGCAGUUACAUGUUGAACAAAUGUUACACAAUCAUCAAAGACUGUUGUCGAGUAUUUGUUCUCGUUUCACUUUUGUUACGACAAGUCGUGUCUGUUGUGUAUUAAUGACAGCGUCAUGCUGUGCUGUCCGCCGUCCUACCGUCUCGGGUCCUCUCUGUUCUUUUUCAUGCCUUCAUCAGAACUGAAAAGCCACUUUUGUGCCGUGGAACGUCUUGAAAUGCUUUGUAAAGAUUUGUUGUUGAUUUUUUUUAUUGAAAUAAAAAGGGAAUAUCCCCA